AUGAGCAAUAGAAAUAAUAUUAUCACUCAGAGUGAUUCAGAGCGAAAUGACAUUCGACGUAGUGAUAUUGCUACGAGCAAUCUGGCAAGACCGCAGCAAUAUGAUGAUUCAACAUUAAUUCGUCGAACAUUAGUUGAACGUGGUUUACGACCAGUAAGUGAUGAUGGUCGAACAGUUGGUCAUCAAUCAACUGCUACUAGUAUAACAACAAUAACUAAACAACAUCAAGAAGAACAACGUGAAUUACAAGAAUUGAAUGCAAAAUUUGCUGUUUAUUUGGAUCGUGUUCACUAUCUUGAAAGUCAUAAUCAACAAUUAUCAACUAAUUUAACUAAUUUAAAACAAUCAUGGGGUGGUGAUGCUGCACAAUUACAUGCAGUUUAUGAUCCACAAUUAAAGGCACUUCGUGAACAAAUUGAUGCUGCUAUACGUGAUAGAGCAUUUCAAGAACUUCAAUUAAAACGACAUGAAUAUGAUUUAUGGCAAAUUCAACAACAGAUAGCUACAUUUGAAGAUAAUAAUGAUAUAAAUCGAUUAAAUCAACUUAAACAAGAAUUAGAUGGAACAAGUGUUGAAUUAGAACAUUUAAGAAAUCUAUGCGAUCAACGUUUAACUGAUUUAACAAGACAACGAAGUAUUAUGGAAGAUUUACUUAAAGAAUUAGAUGGUUUAAAAAAUGAAUUAGAUAAUCAACAAUUAGAACGUAUUGUCAUUGAAAAUGAAUUACAAACAUUACGAGAACAUGCUGCUUUUCAAGAAGCUAUUCAUCUAGCACAACGAAAUGAAUUAGUAACUCUUAGUACACCUGUUCUUGAUGUAUCAGGAUUUUAUCGUGCAGAAUUAGCUCGUGCUAUAUCUGAUAUUCGACAAGAUUUUGAAGUACUUUCUCAUCAACAAGUCAAUGAAUUAGAAGAAUAUUAUAAUAUAAAAACUGAACAAGUACGUGCAGAAAUUGAAUCUGAAAAUGAACGUAAACGUGUAUUAGCAAGUGAAGGUGUUAUUGAAUCAAUGGAUAAAACACAUUUAACAUCAUCAUUACGAGAAAAUCAAACUACUUUCUAUUCAUUACAAGAAGAAAAUCGACAAUUACAAUCUCAAUUAGAUGCUAUUAUUGAAGAUUUAGAAAAAAUUGAAGGUGAACAUUCACGUGAAAGACAAGUUUAUGAUCAAGAAUUUGCACAACUUCAGCAAACUAUUGCUGAUAAACAAGAUGGUAUUGAUAGUAUGCUAGAAAAUAAUAUAUCAUUACGAUUUGAAUUAUCAACAUAUGGACGUUUAUUACAUGUUGAAGAACAACAUUUAAAUCGAAUGGAACAACAACAACAAAAUUUACCAUUAACAUCAUCAUCAUUAGGAUCAUCAUCAGCAACACCAUCAUCGUAUCCAAAUGAUCAACCUCUCGAUCGAGUUCCUAGUGAUUUAGCAACUAAGAAAAUGACUGUUCAAAAAACAGCACGAGGUCCAAUAUCUUUUGAUUCUGUUGAUUUAGAACUUGAUUCAGUUAUAUUAGUCAAUGAAAAAUAUAGUGGUAGUGAACAGUCAUUUCAAAAAUGGGUAAUACGUCGUCAAGUAGAUCAACAACCUGAAAUUGUAUAUCAAUUUCCAUCAAUAUUUUCUUUACGACCAAGACAAACAAUUCGUAUUUUAUCAAAACGUAGUCCAAAUGCAGCAAGACCAACAGGUGACACUUUAAUUGCUGAUAAAAUUGAUACAUGGGGAAUAGGUCGAAAAAUGGUAACACGUUUAAUUGAUGAUCGUAACGAAGAAAAAGCAAUUAUAACACAAAUAUUUCAAUAG